AUGGGCCAAUACACAUUCACUUGGAACCACCCUGCCCAAGAAGUCUACGUGACAGGUGACUUCGACAACUGGUCCAAGUCUGUCAAGCUAGACAAGCACGGUGACUCUUUCCGCAAGACCAUCACUCUUCCCGGCGAGGAGAGCAGAAUCCACUACAAGUUCGUUGUCGACGGAAACUGGACCACCGAUUCUACCGCCAAGCAAGAGACAGAUGCCUCGGGCAACGUUAACAAUGUCGUCGAAGCUAGAGAGCUGAGCCCAGAGCCCGAAGACCGUCCUGCCAAUGCAUUCAUCUCUUCAGCACAUCCUCAGUCCACUACCGCCGCUCUUGCUGGUCAAGUACCGCUCGAAAAGGAGAGAAACGUCCCCUCCGAGCAGAAUGAGACGAGCUUACCUCAGGAAACUCCCGGCUUUGAGGACCUGCCCGGCCAAUUCCCAAUUACACCUAUGGCUGACCUCAAUCAGUUCACUGUCAACCCCAUUCCUGCCACCGCUGGUAUUGGCAACCCUAUCAAGCUUCCCGCUGGCGAGCCUGUUCCUCAUCCCAGCACAAUCACCUCCAACACUGUCCAAUCGACCGUCCGUGAUGGCUCUCAGUACGGUGUUAGCGACACUGGUGCUCCCGUCCUUCCUCCGGUUCUCGACUCUCAGAGUGAAGCCGAGGCGAAUGGUGCUUCUAUGUUCAACCUCCCUCCUAUCGGCGGCACCAUGAUUCCUGAGUCCAGUCUGCCUAUGGGUGCUGGCAACGAUCGCCUUCCCAACCUUGAGAACGCUUUCACCUCUUCUGUGGCUCCUCAGAGCACUACCGCUCAGCUCGCCGGACAAGUUCCUCUUGAACCUCGUGGUGCUCUUCCUGAUGUCGUUACCGAGAGCCAGGAGCGCGCUCACGCCGAGCCAGAAGCCUCCGCCUCGCCCGAAGUCGUUCGUGAGAAGGCCGCAUUCGAAGAUGAGCUAAAACACUCUGUUCCUGAGGCCCCUGCCACCUCUGAGUCUGGUCUGCUAGGCACUGGCGAAGGUGGCCUUGCUGCCAAGAUCGCCGCUGGUACUGCCGCUGUUGGCACUGCUGCAGCUGGUCUUGCAUACGCUGCUAGAGACAAGGCCAUCGAUGCCCACGAAAACGCUGGUGCUCCUUUGUCCAACCUCACCAAGGAGCCCACCAUUGACGGUUCUGUUCCCGAGGUCGUCACUGAAAGCCAAGAGCGUGCUCACGCAGACCCUGAGGCUUCCGCUUCCCCCGAGGUCGUCCGCGAGAAGACCGCUAUGGAAGGUGAGCUUCUCUCUGAGGUUCACAAGGCCCCCGCAACCUCAGAGUCUGGCCUGGAGUCUGGCUCCGAGCAGGUCCCUGAAGUCGUACAAGAGAGCCAAGAGAAGGCCCACGUCGAGCCUGAGGCUUCCGCCAACCCCGAAGCUGUGCACGAGAAGCAUGAUAUGGAGAGCGAGCUCCUUUCCCAGGUCAACCAGGCACCUGCUACUUCCGAAUCUGACCUGAACACCACCGAUAAGUCAACAUCAUUGCAGUCCGGUUCUGAGCAGGUUCCUGAGGUCGUUCAUGAGAGUCAGGAAAGAGCACACGUUGGACCUGAAGCUUCCGCUAACGCUGAGGCUGUUCAUGAGAAGUCCGACAUGGAGAAGGAGCUGUUGGCCAACGUCCACAAGGCACCCGCCACUUCCGAAUCUGGCGUUCUUGGCAGCAGUGAACAAGGAGUCACUGGUAGAGCAGCUGCUGGACUGGAUUCCUCAUCGGAUGUUCCUGAGGUCGUCCACGAGAGCCAGGACAGAGCUCACGUCGCUCCCGAGGCUUCGGCUAACUCCGAGGCUGUCCACGAGAAGUCCGACAUGGAAAAGGAGCUUCUGUCUCAAGUUCACAAAGCACCUGCUACAUCUGAGUCUGCCGUUCUCGCUGCUGGCGGCUCUGGUGCUACUGGCGUUACUGCUGUUAGUGGCGUUCCACCUGUCGAUGCUCCCCCUAUAACAUCCGCCAAUGCACGUAGCACUGGCUUGAAUGCUCCUGCCGAGAGUCAAGCUCAAAUUCCUGCUCCUGGCGAGUCUGAGAACCUUGCUGCUACCCUCGCUGCCCCUGCCGAGCCAUCACGCGACGUCUCACCCAUGACUCGUCCUGAUUCAUCUAAGCAGACAGAGCCUCAAGUGACUACCGGCACCGAGACCCACAAUGUACCUGCCACCAGCGGCAGCACACCUACCACUCCUCAGAGAAACGCAACCAAGAGAUCUAGUCAAUUCGGUUCCCUCCGUGGCACACCCAAGAGCGACCGCACUAGCAUCGCCGGAUCAUCCAAGGUGGACGAGGAUGGCAAGCCCAAGAAGAAGGGCUUCCUCGCCAAGCUGAAGGAGAAGUUCAGAGGAUAG